AUGGCUUUCUUAAUUAAAAGUAUGGUGGGGAACCCUUUGAAAGGAAUGGGUUUUGGAGGAGGAGAGGAGAAGGCAGAGGAGGAGACCCCCAAGGACCCUGCGGCGGCCGCCGGUAUGACCCGAGAAGAAUAUGAGGAGUACCAAAAACAAGUAGUAGAGGAAAAGAUGGAGAGGGAUGCAGAUUUCUUGCACAAGAAAGCAGAGAGAGCGACUUUGAGGGUGUGUCUUCGGGAUAAGUAUCGACUUCCUAAAAGUGAGCAGGAUGACAACAUGAUCCAAAUGGCUGGAGAUGAUGUGGAUGUUCCUGAUGAACUACUGAAGAUGGUAGAUGAAGAUGCCACAGAAGAAGAGGAGAAAGACUCCAUCCUGGGACAAAUGCAGAACUUACAGAACAUGGACAUGGAUCAAAUCAAAGAGAAAGCAUCUGCCACACUCACGGAGAUGAAAUCCAAAGCUGAGGAGAAGUGCUCAGUCAUGUAG